UUGCAAUGUCACAAGGGCGAACCCGACCAAUGCCAAUGUCUUGAACAUAUUUCGGAUGACUCUCAUCAAGCAGCAGUGGCAGCAGUAAAAAAGAAAAACGCCUAUACGCGGAACACCGUGAUCGACUGAGUGUACGAACCGCGUGUGGGAUAUGAGUUGAUCUGUUGUUUGGAAGUGCGACCUUAGGUUCAAGUUGAUCAGGUAGUGAUAUCAAUAUAUCUCUUUUUUUUAUGCCCGCGUAAACAUAAAACGAAGGAACCGCCUCUUCAGCAAUAACAAAGCGCUACAGAUAUGACAAAAUUGAUAGAUUAAUCAGAUCGGUAGCAUGUCCCGAGCCUAAUAUUGCAGCAGGAAGACAGAAGUCACUAAGGAGUUAUGGUUAGUUUCUUAAUAACAAAUAAUGACACUUGGGCUAAAAAUGAUUGACGUGUUAGUUCCGAGAUUUGCGGAUUUGAGACAAUCAGUUGUGCUUGGUUGCAGCUUUGAAGUAGGACACGGAAAACUUUAUUCUGUAAAAUGGUACAAAGACGACAAUGAGUUCUACAGAUUCAUUCCAGAAGAUCUACCUGCUGUGCAAGUAUUCAAGCAACCUGGUAUUACGCUUGACCUUUCUCGGUGCAACAUGCGAAGAGUGACUCUUGGUAAUCUCACGUUCCAAACAAGUGGGAUUUACAGAUGUGAAGUCUCAACGGAUGCACCUAAAUUUGAAAUGGUAUUUAAGUCUGCAAACAUGACCGUUAUAGCAUAUCCGGAAGGGAACCCGUUAAUAGAAGGUGUACGCAGCAGGUACGCAGUCGGUGAUAUCGUGUCAGGAAACUGUACUUCCUUCAAAUCCUACCCGCAACCAUCAUUAACAUGGUACAUCAAUGGUGUUCAGGCAAGCGACCGUCAAGUGGAAAUCUAUCCGGUGCUGGUCAAUCCCGAAGGACCUCUUUAUUCAAAAGCUGUAGGCAUUCGAUUUAAGGUAGAGAAAGAUCAUUUCCAAGGUCUUAAUGUAGAACUAGAUCUGACUUGUGAAGCCAGUCUUGUACAAGAACAACUAAAAUGGCGAAAAAUGAUUGUAAUACAACCGUUAACACAAACGUACACGGAUAAUAUGCUGCAAGAAGAAUACAGAAACACCGGAAAUACAUUAACACUGAGAAAACAAUUAUCAAUUCUAACGGGAUUGUUGAUUACAUCAUAUUUGACGGUUUGCAAAACGUGACAGCAACAUAUCUUUUGUAAAUAUUGUGUUUUUUUGUAAAAUAAAAG